AUAAAUUCUAUUACCUGGAAUUUUUUUUUGUUUUUUGUUUUGAAAACGGAAAAAAUGUUCGAUUCGAAUCAAAAUUCUUUGAUAAAAAUUUUAUCCAAUCAAUCAAUUGAUCCGAUUCCAAAUUGUCGAUAUAAACGUUUGAUUUGUACAAAAAUAUUUGAAAAUCAAAAUCAAAAUGACAAUGAUAAUGGUAAACAACAACAACAACCGAAUGUUUUUGCAUUCGAUCAAGUUAUUUUUCGUCAUAAGUGUUCAUUUCAAUUUGAACUUUUGGAUAAUUUAAUCAUUCUUUUCAAAGCAAAUAAUCAUCAUAUUUUAUAUCAAAUUAAUACAAAAUUUUAUGAUGAAUUAGAACAAAAUGGUUUUGUUGAAGAAAUUGCCAAUCAUAUUGAUCAUGAUAUUUUACAACAACAACAAAUUAUUCGUUGUCAAUUUUAUCCAUAUGAUCUUGGAUUAUAUUCAUCAUUAUGUCGUGAACGAUUAAAUAUUUAUGAUACAAUUCGACAGGAAUUGAUUCAAACAUUAUCCAUACGAAACAAUAACAAUCGAAAACAAUUCUAUCAAAUGGAUUGGAAUCGUUUAACAUUUGUUUCGAUUGCUUUGGCCUGUGAUAAUUCUGAAACAUUAAUAUUUGAUCAUCGAACCAAUCAUACAUCAUUAUCAUUGAUUAUAAAUGAUCCAUGCAUAAAAAAUAAUGAAACAACUAAAUGUCAAACAGUUUAUUGGUCACCACAAGAUGAAAAUGGUUUGUUUAUUGGUACUAGAGCCGGUUCAAUACAUUUUUAUGAUAUUCGUCAAACCCGUCGACCAUUAGCAUCACAUUUAUCAUCAUAUCUGUAUAGACAUCCAGUUGCACAUAUUUCAAUGACACCUGAUCAUCAAAAUUUAAUAACAAUUUAUCCAACAUAUCAAAAUAUAUUUCGAUGGAAAAUUAACCGAAUGAAUCAAAUGAAUCAAUUUCUUAAAGAAAUGCCAUUGUUUAUUGUUCGUAACAAAUCAUCAUCAACAAUAAAUUUAUCAAAUGAUAAUAAUUCAUUAUUGUUUAAAAAAUAUAAAAACUUUAAUGAUAUUCAUUUUCGUUUUGAACAUAUGCAACCAUUUAUAACAAAUGAAUAUUUAACUCUUUAUAGUCGAACUAUGAAUGGACAAAUUGAAAAUAUCAAUUAUACAUUUAAUGAAACGAAAAAAUAUGUUGAUGAAUCAAUUUUAACAAAAAAUACAAAUUUUUGGCCAAAAAAAUUAUCAUUAUCCAUUGUUGAUAAUAAUUUUGGUCAUCAUCCAUUAUCAACAUUAUUUUAUGGUUAUCGUUCAACAAACCAAGGGGAUGAAUCAAUGCCAGCAUUAUUCUAUAAAGCUAAUAAUGUAUUUGUAGUACGGCGUUUACGAUCAACAAAUGAUGAUGAUGAUGAUGAUUUCAAACAAAAUUUUCGAAAACAACAACCAAUGGAAAACGAAGACAGGUGGUCGAGUGAUUCAGAAUAGUUUUAUUGUGAUAACGUUUAUUUAAUUUAAGAAGAAAAAAAAUUUUGAAAAACAAAAAUAACAUUUUCUAUUUCGAAAAUUGAACAGAAAAAAACGAAACCUAAACAAAAAA